UUCUUCCUCCCCGCCAAGCCUAGCACAACCUAAACAUCACAAAUAAUCCAGCAAAAUGCUGUUUUACGUGUUUGCAUUGAUACCGUUCUACGUUCUCGUAGUGGCGCCUCUCUCACAGAUGAUUUUCAAACGUCCAUCUACUCGCUAUGAACCUCUCGAUUUAAACUCCACAUUUAUUGCUAGUGAUGAACCUUUAUAUUGUCCGGAAGAUAGUUACAAGACGUAUAUUAUUAGUCGAGAACCGCUUAUGAUAUAUAUUGAGGGAUUUUUGAAAGCGAAUGAAAGUAAACAUUUAGUUGAUGUUAGGUGUGUUGUAUCGACUUUGAUGAAGAGGAGAAAACUGACGGGAUAGCGAACCACUUUAUGCACCUUCUACUAUUUCUCAUGGGCAGGAAACGACAAUUGAUACUUCGGUUCGUCAUUCGGAAGUAGCGUUGCUAGAGAGAGAUGAGGUGGUUAGAUGUAUUGAGCAUAGAGCGAGAGCGUUUCAGGGGUGGAGGGGUGAGAUGGGGAUUGAGAAGUUGAGGACGCAGAGGUAUGGGGUUGGAGGGCAUUAUGCGAUGCAUUUGUAAGUUUACGAGGAUCCCUUGUGAUGUUUCAUUUUUUGCUGUUCAUAUGAUCAUUACGGGGAGAUAUCAUGAGUAUAAGGGCUAAUAAUUGGAUAUAGCGAUUGGAGUGGAGGAAAACGUGGCGUAGACCGAAUAAGUACAUUUCUGGUCUACGUCGAUGUAUCCUCCGAUAUCGAAGGUGGAGGAACAGAAUUCCCUCGUGUAAUAGGACCAGAAGGAGGUGGAUGGGAGGAAUUCCUUGAUACUACCGAAGCAUUAGAUCCAAGAAGUGGGAAGAAUGUAACGGUAGAAGGAGUAACACUUAAACCGAUCAAAGGAAAUGCAGUCUUCUGGGAGAAUAUGGAUAGAGAUGGGAGGGGAUACGAAGAGACAUGGCAUGCUGGGUUACCGGUGAAGAGAGGGUCGAAAGUGGGGUUGAAUAUUUGGAGUUAUGGGAGGACUAUGAGAUGAUGUUGAGGAGGUGUGAACGGCAGAUAACGUGCUUGGAUAUUUUAAUGUACGAAGGGGAAAUGAGGUGGAGUGAAUAGAUUGGUAUGUACUACUUAUAGAUGUAAAAUUAUCCACUAUGAGUCUAUGACUCAAAUUCAAAUGAAUUCUAGGUUAGCAGCGCAAAGAAUCCAAUACG